AAAAAAAAAAAAAAAAAAUGCGCUUAGUAAUGAACGCCGUGACAUAAACGAACCUCAGGAACUAUCCAAGUCAAACACAAAAGCUCCUCAACCGAGCAAUUCACAAUGGUUUUAGAAACGAUAGCAAAAAUAAUUAAAGUCCAGCUUCCAGCCUACCUCAAGAGGCUACCCCUGCCGGAGACCAUCGGCGGAUUUGCGAGGUUAACAGUGUCUGAGUGGCUCCGGUUGCUUCCUCUUCUGGGCAUCUUGGCUUUGCUCGGCUAUCUCACCAUUCGCCCCUUUCUGCCUAAGAAGAAGAAGCAGAGGGACAGCCUGAUCAAUCUGAAGAUCCAGAAAGAGAACCCAAAAGUGGUCAAUGAGAUAGACAUUGAGGACCUGAACAGCGCAAAUGUGUGUUACUGUCGCUGCUGGCGCUCCAAAACUUUUCCUGUAUGCGACAAGUCACACUUAAAGCACAACGAGCUGACUGGAGACAACGUGGGACCGCUCAUACUUAAAAAGAAGAUACUAUAAUUGACCACUGAUCAGAUUUUUCCCUAAACAGUUUUUCUUGGUCUUGUCUUGGUGUUAUAUUUACUUAAAUAGAAACCACACUCUAUUUGAAAGCUACAUUUUGGAUACUUUAAUGAUAGUUUGCAAUAAGGGAAGUUUUUUUUAAAAAGGAAAAAAAAAAAAAAGUGUAACUUUGUUUUUGUGGGGGCCUUUUUUUGUUCAUUGUUCAUGUUUGUUUAACAGAGGAGCAGUUUUAUUUGACUGGGACCACUUUGAGGGGGAAACUUGAAACAAUUGCAUAAUUGCAGUGACUUUAUGAUGCAUUUAUCUAAUGUGAGGCCAUCAGGGGAGAGGUUUUGCAGAUAAAUGGCUGACCUUCCUUCGUUUUGGAUGGUAUUGAACAGCUUUUUUCUUUUCUUUUUUUCUUUAAGUGCUUUUUUUUUUUUGUUUGCUUCAGAUAUGUGUGCCAAAUACUAACAUACAUUUCCAUACUUAAUGGAUGUGACAUAUUUUAAGUUAUUGUGUGUAUGGGAAGCUACUUAUUCUUUAAAUCUGGUUUACUCAUAGCCUUUAAAUGUUGAGUUUUACGUUUUGUGUUCAGUUCUGUUGCCUUAAGACAUUUCAAACCAUAUCAAAGUAAUUUCAAGUGUAAAGGCAUUUCACUAAACUUUCAGGGUUUGAAAAUGUCUGUUUCCUUAUUCUUUUGUCAUAUCUGUAUGAAGUUGUCUUGGAAAGUUUCCAUCAUUAAUGAAUCUCAAUAAUAAAUCCCUUGUUUUUUUUUUUUGUUUUUUUUUUAAAUAUGCAGUAUAACUGUUCAGUGUAACUGUUGCAAGAUGGCAGUGUGAAAUUAUUCAUACUAAAUGUAGAAAUAAAGAGAAUUUUGGCAUCUUU